GAAGAAGGGAGGAGAGAAGGAAGAAAGAAGGAACGAAGAAACAGGACAUAGCAUUAUUUUUUAAUAACCCACCCUGCGUUAACUCAUUUAUCUUCAUGCCAGGUGGAGCUCGGUAGAUGGAAGGAUGGCUUGUGACAAGACUUCUUGCCAGGCUAAAUCAUUUCCUUGCUAGUUUUGGGAGAUGCUGCACUGCCCACCAGAGUGGCCGGGUGGGCAAACGUGCGCUGUAACACCUGCCCACUCCCUGCCCGCUCUGAGCCUGAAGGAGACUCAGCUUCAGACCUGGACCUGGUCUGGGCAGGGGAACAAGUGAGAGGCAGGAGGAAAGUGAGGGUUUCAGAGAUGCUGGGUGGCCCCAGCAGACGUACAAGGGCCCACGCCAGAGCCAUGGAAGGGCCAGUCCAUGAGCACCAGGGCAUGGGGUGCCUUGACCUAAACCAGUUCUAACUCCUGGGCUGCAACCUGCUGGGUUUUUAGAUUUGUCCUCUCUACCCGACCUAUUUCCAAAGGAAUCUGAGGCAAUUAAGAUGUAUGUUUAGUAGAUCAUGAAGCAAGCACAUCUGAAAAGGAGCAAAGGAGAGAGGUCUCUGUCACUUGAGAUGAGCUGAUUUUUGAGACGGGGCCCCAGUUUGGCUGUAAGUUUCCUGACCGCCAAGGCAAAAGGGGAACCUCUGAGGCGUGUGGUUUGUACUGUCUGACAACAAGAGACUGCACCCUCGCCUGUAAAAACAGCCUCUUGGUUGGAGCUGAUCAUAAAGGGGAAUUGAUGGUACAGGGAGUGUCUCCCGUACUUCCUGUGUUGGUCCAGAUCCUCUAAGAAGCAGAUAGUGAGACAAGAUUAGACAUGCAGGCUUCAUGUGGGGAAACGCCUGUGGGACAGAAAAUGGAGACGGAGGGAGCUGAUGUGGAUCCGGACCUCCAGCGGAGCGUGCACGCUGUGCUCCGAGAGCUCAGUGCCCCGGCCCCCGCCCUACCGAGCAACCAAGGCAUGUGGAGAUGGUCCCUGCACAAGAAGGUCGAGCGGGAUCCUGGUAAGAGUCCGGCACUGGUCCGCAUACUGCUCAGAGAACUGGAGAAGGCAGAAAGUGAGGACGCCCGGCAUGUCAUCAUCCCCUUGCUGCACACGCUAAUGUACGUGCUCACUAAGGCCACGGGCAUCACAGAGGAGCUCCACCGGAGAACCUAUGCCUUUUGCACGAGGUUGCUGACCCUGCCCGCCCCCUACUGCACCAUCGCCCUGGACUGCGCCAUAAGGCUGAAAACGGAGACGGCCGUCCCAGGGACACUGUACCAGAGGCUGGUCAUUGCCGAGCAGAACCUGAGGAGUGAGCUGUACCCCUACCGGGAGAGAGUGUUCCUCUUCGUGGAUCCUGAGCUGGUGUCUCCCUCCGUGUGCAGUGCCCUGCUGCUGGAGAUUGAGGCGGCCCAGGGGCAGCAGACACCAGAGGCCUGCAUGCGCCACGUGGUCUCCCACGCCCUGCAGGCGGCGCUGGGGGAGGCCUGCGAGGCAGGUGUGCUGCAAAGGAAGCUUCAGACCAGCUCCCCCCGCGCCCUGGAGCACUAUUUCCACGCCGUGGUGGCAGCCGUGGAGCAGAUGGCCAGCGAGCCCAGCCCGAGCCGGGAGGGCCACCUGGAGAGGCUGGAGGAGAUUUACUGCUCGCUGCUGGGGCCGGCGGCCGCCGCGAGGGGCCGCUGCGGCGCCUGUCCUUCAGGUGAGCCCCCCCAGGACCGGCUUCCAAGCAUCCCUCUGCCCAGCCCCCAUAUCACCUUCCACCUGUGGACCAAUGAGGAACAGCUCUGGAAGGAACUGGUUCUCUUCCUGCGCCCGCGAUCCCAGCUGCGCCUCAGUGCAGACUUGGAAGCCUUGGAUCUGCAGGGCCUCCUGCCAGACCGGGAGUUGGCCCGGGCGUCCAUGCUGUCCACCGACAGCGGCAUCGAGCGGGACCUUCCGUGGGGGGCCGACGAGCCGCCCACACCUGGCAGCCCCGAGGUGGAGCGAGCCAGGCUGAAGCGCAAAGGGGGCAUCAAGAAGCGGGUGUGGCCCCCGGACAUCCUGAUGCCCGGCAGCUGGGAUGGACCCCCGGGGCUGCACCAGAGGACUGGCAGGCCCAGCGGGGAUAGGGGGCUGCUGCCUGGGGUCUCCCGGCUGCACACGGCCCGGGUGCUGGUGCUAGGGGACGACCGGAUGCUGGGGCGUCUGGCCCGGGCCUACCACAGCCUCAGGAAACGAGAGACCCAGAAGUUCUGCCUCACCCCCAGACUCAGCCUGCAGCUCUACUACAUCCCUGUGCUGGCAUCUGAGAAGCCCACAGCAUCCAGGCGUUCGGAGCUCGGAGAGGUGGCUGCGUUCCUGGGCCGCGCAGACCCGUGGUAUGAGAGCAUCGUCAACACCCUGUGCCCCGCCAUCCACAAGCUGGCAGAGAUGCCUCUCUCCCUGGACACGUCCCAGACCGUAGACCCCUUCAUCCUGGAUGCCAUCACCUACUAUGUUCGCAUGGGCACCCAACCCAUCUAUUUCCAGAUCUACGCAGUCAAGAUCUUCCUCAGUGACCUGAGCCAGGACCCUGCAGAGGACAUCUUCCUCACCGAGCUCAAAGUCAAGAUCCAGGACUCCAAGUUCCCCAGAGAGAGCCUUUCACCCCGGAGGAGGGGCGUGGCCGAGGGCCCAGGGGCUGAGCUCUCCGUUCGCUACCAGAAGGCCCUGCUCAGCCACCGCACCCGAGAGGUCACCGUCUCCCUGCGGGCCACCGGGCUGGUCCUAAAGGCCCUUCCAGCCGGUGACACUGAAGUUUCAGGGCCCACCCACUGCCCCCCAACUGCUGCUCCCGAGACAGACCACACAUGCCUGAAUAUUAGCGUGACAGAGGUUGUCAAGACCUCCAACUUGGCAGGAAGGUCCUUCUCUACGGUGACAAACACCUUCCGGUCGGCUAACGUCCAGAUCCAAAGCCAGGACCAGAGGCUGCUGACACUGUUGCUGGACAAGGACAGUUGCCGCGCGUACAGGGAUGUGGCCAGGUUCGAGGUUGCUCCCUGCCCAGAGCCGUGUUCUGGGGCCCAGAAAUCCAAGGUGCUGGGACUCAGCUCACACCAGGAGGAGAUAGAGAGGACCAAAGCCAAGGCCAAGCCCCUUCGAAUGCCCAUCAACACGUUCUCUGGCAUCGUCCAGUGAGCCCAAAGGGGCUGCAGAAUCGCUGAGUCUGAGAGCAGAGGGCCCGAGAGGAAGGAUACACCACCCCACCUGCCCCAAACACUCACAGCAACGACUAGAACGAGGCUCCCUGGGGCGGCUUCCAGCCACAUCUGAAAGCCAGCAAGUCCCAGGAGCACAGGGAGCUGGCCGUGGCGGGUGCGGUGGGGCAGAGCCCACACGAAGGGCCGAGGAGGCCCUGGCCAAGCUGUGCGCACGAAGCCCAGCUCCUCGCGCCUGUGUCCACUCCUUCGUUGAUUUCCAAUCCCUGCCUCUCCCACUCAAGCUCCCCACCCGGCCCUAAAACCAAGGUGAGAGCUGCUGUCCCGUGGCCUGGGGCAAACAGGACGUGGGCAGCGGCAGCCCCUCCCGCCCAGUCUGUUCCCUCCCCUCUAGCGGGCCACUGCCCACCUCGCCCACUCCCAGGCGGGCGUCCCUCCCGGUUGAGAGGAAAUGUCAGAUUCAAUAAAUGCACACUAAAGUCUUUCUGCUCUCAUC